AUGUUGGCUAAGCUGAUGAAGAUUUCCGAUCAACGGAAGUCUCGGUGGGGAUGGAAAGUUGAUGAUUUUGUUCACUGUCUUAUGUUUUUUGAAGAAGAGAAUGGUUAUGAUGAACAAUAUUAUUAA